AUGCCGACCAUCACAGAAAUCACCAGCAUCCCCGAGUGGGAGCAGCUGCUCGGCUCUGUUCCCCCCACGACCCUCGUCGUCGUAUCGUUCCACGCUCCUUGGGCUGCGCCAUGCGCGCAAAUGGCUACCGUCCUGUCGACACUCGCUUCCGAAUACCCAGACACUCAGCCUCCUACCACUAAGUGGGUGUCUAUCAACGCAGAGGAGUUGAGUGACCUGAGCGAGACCUACGAUGUUACUGCCGUUCCCUUCCUCGUUCUUUUGAGGAAUGGUCAGGUUGUAGAGACAGUCAGUGGCAGUAGUGCUGUCAAGGUGCGCACGGCGAUCGAAACACAGGCAAAGCAGUCGGGCGAAAACGCCGCAGCAAGCGGCCCUAAUGGUGUUGGUGCGAACAAUGCUGUCGUCGAGGAGGAGCAGGACCCUGAGAGGAAGAAAGAGGAGCUUUUCAAGCGUCUAGGAGACCUUGUCAAGGCCGCACCUGUCAUGCUCUUCAUGAAGGGCACACCCAGCUCACCUCAGUGUGGUUUCUCUAGGCAGCUGGUUGGUUUGCUACGAGACAACUCAGUCAAGUAUGGAUUCUUCAACAUUCUUGCCGACGACGAGGUCCGACAGGGACUCAAGGAGUUUGCGGAUUGGCCAACGUACCCCCAACUUUGGAUCGAUGGUGAGCUUGUUGGCGGCUUGGAUAUUGUCAAAGAGGAGAUGAGCAACGAUGCCGAAUUUCUUACCAAGUACAGCGUGAACGCUCCUGCAGCGCCUUGA